CCGUGGGAGCGCGCAGCCGCCGCCGCCAUUUUGUCGGCGGCUUUGAGCGUGUGUGAGGGAGAGUGAGAGGGAAAAUAUAAUUUCCGGGUUGUUGGAUGAGGAAAAAGUUGGAAGCGGCCUCGGAGGAGGAGAAGGAGAAGGAGAAGGAGGAGGAGAAGCGGCGGCGGCUGGGAUCGAGGAGUUAGAGGGAAGGCGGGCGAGGAAGCUACUGGUGGGUCCGGGGGCCGCGGUAUCGAACCCCCCACCUCCCGUCCCCGUCCCCCCCUACCUCCCCGGGGCUGGAGUAUGUGACCGGGGCAGCAAGGUUUAUGAAUGACCAAGAACACUGUGUGAAAUUCAGCAGAGAUUGAACCACCAGGCAGUGGGAAAAUAUGCCAAUACCUCCGCCACCCCCACCCCCACCUGCUGCACCUCCUCCACCCCCAGCGUUUAAUCAGGCAAAUACAGUUGCAACAAAAUUGAGCCGUGAAGACCACCGCAAUCGAGGGGCACUCUUAUCUGAUAUCACAAAGGGAGCCAGACUCCGAAAAGUGACCAAUGUAAAUGACAGAAGUGCCCCAAUUCUUGAAACUGUUAAGGGAGGAGGCGGAGGCGGAGGAGGUGGAGGUGGAGGUGGAGGCGGUGGAGGAAGUUCAGGAUCUGCAUCUGGCGGGCCAGUUCCUUUGGGUGGUUUGUUUCAAGGUGGAGUCCCUAAACUUCGCCCAGUGGGGCACAGAGACAAUUCAGAUUCCUCAUCUGGUAAAACUGCACUAAAUCCACCUGGCUCAAGAUCAGCUGCACCUCGACCUCCUCCGAGCAGCAACCGCUACAGUGAUGAAACUGAUUCACAAACCAAGACCUCUCCACCGGCGCUGCCAAGAGUUCACCGGCCUUCAUUACCAGAUCUUUCCAGCUCAUCCCGCCCCAGUAGUGUCGGAGGUGUGAGGCACAGCGCAUCAGCCCCGCCACCUCCUCCUCCAAUCGGAAGACGUACGAAUCCGCCUCCGCCGCCUGUGCACAGCAGCCGAACUCAUUCCAGUGGACCAUACAACAGGGAAAAGCCUUUGCCUCCUACACCAGGACAAAAGGCGCUUGGCACUCGAGAUGGACCUCCUGCCCCACCUCCUGUCAAGCCUCCUCCAUCACCAAUUAAUCCCCGGCUCAGCAGUGUUCAGAGCCAACCUUUGCCACCCCCUCCUCCACCUUACAGGCAACCUCCCCAUGUGCAUAAUGGCCCUUCUACACCUGGGAGCGAGGCCGCCCCAGAAUUGCCGCAGAGACACAAUUCAUUAUCGCGAAAGUCAGCAGGACCAAUGCGGGGAGCUGCUCCUCCCCCUCCAUCUCCUUCACCCUCCCAGAACCGACCACCACCACCUGCCAGGGAUCCGCCAAACCGAGGAGCAGCUCCGCCACCACCUCCGCCUGCAAUGCGGAAUGGAGGCCACCACGCCGCUCCCCCGCUGCCGCCAUAUAGGACACCCUUGUCAGACACUUCACAUCGAGGCAAGCCACCGCCACCUCCAAUGAGGACCCCUGCACCUCCUCCUCCACCACCACCUUUAAGAAAUGGACACCACCGGGACUCUGUUGGAUCAUCUUCCAAAUCGUUUCUAGAUGACUUUGAAUCAAAAUACUGCUUUCAUCCGAUUGAAGACUUUCCUGCACCGGAGGAGCAUCGGCAUUUCCAAAAAACAUACCCAAGUAAGAUGAACAGAGUUGUACGAGGGGCACCACCUCUGCCGCCUGUUGCAAGGUGAUCUGUCACUGUGUGGGUUUGGUAAUUUCCUGCGGUCCCUGUUGGAAGACUGUUGCUUUAGCUUCCUUUCUCUCCCUGGUGUACAGCUCAAGAUCCUCUCCACUUCACUACAUUGAGGCAAAACCUCCAGAUCUGCUUAGAGCAUGCAUUUCUAAUCCGAGAUUUCCGAGGUUCAACCUUGACCUUCACAUCUUUCAGCUCCAGCAGUUCCCCUUGCAGUCGGGCUGAGCUAAUGGAAAGUUGACUGGAAUGAGAUGAUUAUUUUUUAAGUUGAUGGGUUACUAGAUGUUUACAACCACCAGCGAUCCAAGAAUGACUCGUCCGGGUUACACUACAAAUCAAAUUGAAACACGUGGAAUAAAUUGUUUUUGGUCUUCGAGGUUAAACUGAAUCUUUAACAGAAGUAUAAUUAUAUCCUUGGACUUCUGGUAGAGUGGUAGAAUCAUGGAACACUUGGGUAAAUAUUGACCAGUUGGUUAAGACUAAAAUUCCCGCACGUUUUUUUGAAUUUUUACUUUAAUAUCUAGCUGGUCCUUGCCUUAUACACUAUGUCAUGCCGUUGGUACCAGAUUUAUUAUUAUGUAUUUACGCUUCACAUACAGGAGCCAUAGUAAUCAUUGUUUAUAAUUCUUUCCUUGUAAGUUGUACAAAAUGCUGUGCAUUGAACACGAUGGGGUUAAUGGAAAACACUAUUUCUCAGAUAACUGACUGGCUUGUUUUGGUUGGGUAAUCUAUCCACCAUCUUUAGUGGAGAGCAGCAGUGCUCAUGUUGUAGGGUGUUGCCCGAGUGAGUCGUUACCCAGCCAUAUACUGGGCAUGGAACGUGCCGAUGUGUGCCCGGGUCAUGCUCCUGGUUGUGUGCUAGGUAUAAGCACUGUGAAAUGCACUGCGCAUUUUUUGUUUUUAAAACUUGUAACUUCUGGCCAAAGCACUUUGAAUUUGGUGGGUUGUUUUAUGUAUUUGUAAUGUGGCUCUUUCAUGCUGUUCCUGGGAACUCUGUACACUGUUCUCUCCAUCGCCUUCAUUCCUAGUGCUACAGUGCCAGCGAGUCUAAAUCACCAAUGAUAGGAACAAUUAUUUCCACCAUAAACAUUCCCUCUUCCAGUCCUGCCACUGCCACCACCGCUACCCGCCUCUCUCUCUCUCUCUCUCUGCGUUACAUGGAAGUGGCAUUUGAAUUUAAAGGUAAAAGCGUCAAGAGGUAUUGAGCGAUAUAUGGAACAAUCUAAAUUUGGUUUUCUUUCAAGAUUAUAGCAUAUAUAAAGGAGGGAUAGAAUAUAUAAAGCUCUACCACUUAAUCAAUUGAUCAUAUGUUGAUUUAUUUUAAUUUUAAAUAUUUUAAUCUUUUUUGAGCCGGCGAAUGUUGAUUUGGUAUAUUAUAUUCCCACUUGCCUGACUGAACUUGGCAGAACACUGACAAGAUUGCUGUAAUAAUUCUAUGCUGAAAUGUUUAGUUUUGUGCUUGAUCUACAAAUGGUGCCUGGUUCAUCAUUUACCGUAGCAACACUGACAUGCACGCCCACCUCCAACUAAAAUAAAAAACAUACAAAUAUUCCUGGACACUUUUAAUAUUAUGAACGAUAUUUUGUUAAAUUUGAAAUCGUACGUUGCCUUACAUUGUUUUUGAAAUUGUUAAUUGGCACAACCUAAUAGCAACGUAUCACAAAAUUCAUAGAAAAAUUUGAAUGCACCUACUUUAAAAAAAUAAAAAGAAUCUGCAAUGCCAGGUUCAUUUGAUGAAUGUGGAAACAGCUAUUUUCAUAAUUGUCACUGCAUAUGACAGUGAUUUCAAGAUCUUUCUCUUGAAUAAAAAAACCCCAAGCAAUGUAUUUCAACAUUAUUCUGAUGUGUGUGCAGAAAUACUGUAUGAAUGUGCAAUAAAACAAUAAUUUGGCUGCCAUUUUAAAGAAACGUAGAACACAUGGAACCAGUGACUCCCUCUGCUGUGCAGUUUUAGUGACGUCAAUUAUAUGUUUGGACUGUAUGUGGAUUCAAAGCAUCUGCUUAGAUGAACCAGGUAUUCUCAUUCCUACAUAUGAUACCUUUUCAAAUUCACAAUUGUGAGGUAUCAUUGGCAGGUAAUAUGACAAUAAAUGUGUGUGUGUGUGUGUGUGUAAAUAAUGCACUAAAUAAUGUUUCAUUGUGCAUGGGAUGGUUUGUAAGAUUUUGACUCGCUGGUUCAUACAGUUGAUGUACUCAAAUAUACUCGUGCUUAUCCUACAACGUAAGCAUAACUGCAGGAUGAUUUUGUGUACUGUACAAAUGCAUGCAAUUUAAUCUGAUCCUCCAUGCCGUUUCUGUCUUGGUAUCAAUGGACACAAUGUGUUAGCAUUUGCUUUUGGCUGCAAUUUCAAAAGUGUAGUUAAAGUAAAAAUGACCAUGUUUUUGUAUAGUAAUCAUAUAAAAUAUUAACUCUAGUGACCAUUCCACAGAACAGUCUGGCCCAACACUGGUAAUGUUGCUUGUUUCUUGUUUAAAAAAAUCUGCUAUCCGUAUUCUUAAUCGCCUAGCACACAACGGUGAAGGGAGAAGAUAAGUGAGUGUAUUGUGCAGUUGUUGACAGAUUGACAAACUAGCAAUGAGCAGGUUUUGGUAGGUUUUAAAUAUGACUUUGUUUUGUGGCAAGUAUCACGGGUUAUCACAGCAGUUUUGUCAGUGGUCCCUGGUACAAGGCUACCCGACUGGCACCUGGGAUUUGUAAGACCGGUUUGAAACGUGCAAUAUUGGCACUGGUAUGUGAAUGUACACUGAUGACCAUGUCGGUACAUGUAAUGCCAUGCCAGUACCCUGUACAUAAUAUGCCAGCUUCAUUGUUGGUGAGCAUAGCAGCAGUUUCAUUAGUGUGUGGUGUAUGUAAUAUGCCAGUCCAGUACAGGUCCAGUAUUUUUAUGACUUUUGUGGGGUUUUUUAUUCCUUUUGCUCACUUUGCAGUUGCCAUGAACAUUGUGCCUUACAGAAUGCGCUGGCAUUCUGUGUUGCUUAGUUUUGCUCUUUUACAUGGGUGCAUGUGCGCGCACAAAAUAAAAGGACAGGAAGACUUUCCAUUUCAUGAAUGUUGCCUGUUUUGAGUCCUGUGAAUAUUAUCAUGUAUGUGUAAUCUGAUGCCGCCUAUGGUGGGUUUCUUAACUCCAGUAGCUUUUCCGUCAGACAUGGUAGGUACUCUGCAGUCUAAUUUUUUUUUAAACAAAAUUAACCUCAUUAUUAUUAAAAUUCUGUUUAGCUGGAUUAAUUUAUUGUCUUGAUUUGUUUCGUUUUGUGGUAACGCAAUAGAUUGCCGGUCCCACUCCUAUGGUUAAUCUGUGCAGGGUAUUGAGGUAGUCUCUAACUAUGGGUCUGGGGUGUGCUGUAGUUCCCCUGCUAUGCAAUUUAUUGAUUAUGGAAACAAAAGUUUGUAAUCACAAUUCUUCAAAUGGUACAGCAAGCAGCCUCUUUUGUGGGAUAGAAGCAAAAAAAAUGGACUCGAAAUAUGAAGAUUGCAAUAACUAGAGCAUUGGAUUCCCUUGUGUAUUGCUGUAUCAUGCAGGCCAGCUGGACUUGGUUCUCUGUUAAUUAUUAAGAAAAUUGAAAUAAAAAUAAUCACUUUAAUUUUCUUA